UUUGAAAUAUAACUGCAACGCGUUGGCAAAGUUUAUUGAACAUCGAGUGAAAUUUGAGUAUAUCUAAAUUGGAAAAACCUAUCCUGAGAAGUGAAUAGUUGAAAAGCCAACAGUAUAUCAACCAUAUAUGAUGGUGCAGACUGAAGAAGUUGCAGAGCGUGCUGCAAAUGACCAGGUCAAAGAAUGCAACGACGAAACAGAACCCUACAGAGUUCUCACUUCGGGAUUGAAGCGUACCUUGCAUGGCACGAUCUACCAAUUGAAAAUCUUGAUGCUAGUUGUAAUGCGUGCAAAAAUAGAAAAAUAUGAGACCUUCUACCUGGCAACGGAAAUGGAUAUGGCAGACAAAUUCGAUGAUGUUGUCUUCAAAUUCCAACCCACAGCCAAUGGCGAUUGGUCCUGGCGUUUCAUGCAAGUAAAACACAAAAAUGAUGCCGUCAAAAAUAAAAUCACGUUCGCUGCUCUAACCUCGUCCAAUGACAAUGACUUCAGUCUGCAGAAAUACUUUUUGUCCUUCUGUAAGAUCAACAGCAAUGAAUUCUUCAAAGGAGAGCUACAAGACUUCUUAAUCAUCACUAACAUCGGGUUCGACGAGGGUGAAGAAACGAAGAAUUUAUUCUUAUCAACUGACGAUUUGAACAAAGACAAAAUUCUGCAUUUCGAAGAAGCCACGAAGUACAAGUUCACCGACCGUGCUAAGGUGGAACUGAGAGAACAGUUCAAAUUAAACUUAUUGAACAGAGCGUACGAAUCGAAACAUGUUGUCCAUCUAAUGGCAAUCCAAGAUACGCUUAAAAAACUAAAAGAUCUACCCAGCAAACAAGCAAUAGAUGCAGCAAACAAAGGUAUUAAAACAUUAAAAAUAGAGUCCACGAGUACAAGUCCAAGAAAAGGUGAAACUAUGAGAGAAAUCCGAAAAAUUAUCGCGCUAUUGAAAGCUUAUACAGACUGUGAUGAAUUGGAAAAGAAAAAAUCGGAGUUAAACAAAACGAAUGGGAAGGGUCAACCGAACUACGAUAAAAAGCUGAUAAUUGCAGCGAUAAAAAAUGUGACAGAUGAGGCUGAUUGUGUACUUUCUAACGUUCGUAAUAAAAAAGAGCGACUUGAAAAGGAACUGGAAACAUACAAUGACUCGAACUCAACUGAAUAUGAGAAACUAAAUAAUGAGAAAGACACUCUUCGCAAAUAUGAGAAGGAUUUUAGAACUGUGAUGGAUGGUAUUUCAAGCUCAAACGAUGCAGAAGAAAUCAAAGCAAUAAUGGUUGGACCCAGUGCAAAAAUGAUUUUGGACAAAUGUCUUAAAGAAAAAAUGAAUUUCGAUGAGUUAAAAGACAAAUUGAUCAAUAAGGUCGAGGAAGUGAUCGAAGAAAUUUCCAUCGUACAUGUGGCAAUGAACACUGACACAUUCGAGAGUUGCUUUGACGACUUCACUGGCAAAUUUUACAUUGUUACGAAUUUCCCAAAUGAAGACCAAUUAGGUCAUCUCAUCGAUAAGGAAUUGAGAAAAAACUUUGCAAUGUUCAAAGGUGAAUUGAUGUACGACUCAUUACAACGGGAAAUGUUGGAUUUUUUCAAAAAUUACCAGGACAAAAAAUCCAAAUUUUAUUCGUGUAAAGAGGCGACACAAUUUUUUAAUUGCAUUAAUAACCAUGAAGAAAAUGUUUUAAAUCUCCAUCUCAAAAAUAUGAGUCUAGGGUAAAGAUGAAUCUGGACAUUUCGGGCAAUUUUUAUAAAGAUUUCGGACAUUUUUUGCAAAAUUUCGUAAUGCUGAAAACAAACGAGCCAUUCAAAACAUG